CCGCGCUCGAGCAAAAGUUCUCCGACAAUCCGGACAUCUGUGCGUUCAUGGUUGAGCCGAUCCAGGGUGAAGCUGGAGUCAACAUUCCAUCGGCUACUUAAAAGGCGUGCGGGAAUUGUGCACGAAAUACAACGUCUUAUGGAUCGCGGACGAAGUUCAGACGGGCCUCUGUCGCACAGGAAAAUUAUUCGCGGUCGAUCAUGAAGCAGUUAAACCAGACAUGUUGGUGGUGGGCAAAGCUUUAUCGGGAGGCAUGUAUCCCGUGUCCGGUGUUCUCGGAAAAAGUGAAAUCAUAUUAACUUUGGAAACUGGCGUUCAUGGAAGUACUUUUGGAGGCAGUCCCCUUGGCCAAGCAGUCGCUCUUGAAGCAUUAAAAAUUUUGGAGGAAGAAAAAUUAGCCGAUAAAGCUGCUGCAUUGGGAAAAAUCGUUCAAACGGAGCUCGAAAAAGUUCCCAAAGACAUAGCAAUAGAAUUUCGAGGCAGAGGUUUGCUAGCUGGGUUAAAAUUAAAUCCUGAUUUCGCCAAUGGAUGGGAUAUAUGCACAAGACUGAUAAAUAGAGGAUUACUGACACGACCCGCGCACAACUAUAUUAUUCGGAUAUCGCCACCGUUGAUAAUAAACGAAGAACAAUUAAAACAAGCCUUGACUAUAAUUACGGAUACAUUGUACGAAUAUAAAAAAGAGAAAGAAAACUAAUUUUGUAAGCAUAUUCUUGAAAAAUUUUGGCACUCAGUAAAAUAUAGAACGAAACAUGUAUAUGAGUUUGAUGUUUCAUGAUUUUGAAAAGUUAGAA